UUCUCUGAAACCUGAACUUUGGACCCAUUUUGGACCAAUGUAAUUACACUUACAAUUUUUUAUCAAUACAUUGUAAGAUUUUAGCAGUUAACUUGUCUUUGUAUUCAUAUAGAAAAAAAAUUGGAACAGUCGAUACUCGAUUUUUCAUUUCACAAACAAUUUACAGAACUUUGUAAGCUUGUCUAGGUAUAUCCCAUUUUUGGAUUUACUAAAUUUCAUUAUGGCUCUCAUAUUUAAUACUGCAAAACUGUUCGGAAGGCUAAACAGUGGGCAAUCUGGAAAAUUUAUUAGAUUUGUGUCCGAUUUGCCGCAAUUUGAAACGUUAGCUGUGUCGGUGCCGAAGAAAAAUGUUUACCAUGUUGAGUUAAACCGUCCUAAUAAGCUUAAUACAUUUAACACAGUUAUGUGGAAAGAGCUUGAUUUGUGUUUUGCGAAGCUGAGUGAGACACCAGCGUGCCGAGCCAUUGUUUUGUCUGGACAGGGGAAACACUUUACAGGAGGCAUAGACUUAAACAGUCUGGUAGAGGAAGAAAGCAAGACUCACGAUAUAGAGGAUGCUGCGCGCAAGGCGAGAUUCUUCCAUCGGAUGAUUCUGACUUGCCAGCGCGGCAUAUCAGCGAUAGAGGAGUGUGUGAAGCCCGUACUAGCUGUGACACAUAACGCGUGUGUCGGGGCUGGAAUAGACCUGAUUACUGCUGCUGACAUCAGAUACUGCACAGCCGAUUCGUGGUUCCAAGUGAAGGAGGUGGACGUGGGACUGGCGGCCGACGUCGGCACGUUGCAGAGACUGCCCAAGGUAAUUGGCAACACGUCCACGGCCAGGGAGCUCUGUUACACCGCUCGGAAGAUGGACGCGAAAGAGGCUCUGGAACUCGGCCUCGUCACCAGAGUAUACCCGGAUAGGGACACUGCCAUCAAGGAGGUAUUGGAUAUCGCAACAACGAUUGCCUCUAAGAGUCCUGUGGCAGUACAAAUGACUAAAGUGUCUCUCGUGUAUUCGCAGAGCAGACCAAACCAGGACGGCUUGGAUCAUAUUCGGUACCACAACCAAGCUCUUUUGCAAAGUGAGGACCUGAAGAAAUCAGCAAUGGCCUCUGCCAUGAAGACGCAAGUUGAAUUUGAAGACUACUAGUUAUUAUAUUACAUGCAAAUACGGGGACUGCCGCGGUAAAGCUAUUGUAUAGAAUUUUUAAUUUGCAUACGUUAAGUCGCACGUACACAAACACCGCACCGUGCUGAAGUCUGGCAAGCACCACCCCCCGAGCUCCACACUUAGCCGAAGUCUGCCGAACUAAAACGACGUUAGCCGAAUGUUAGGUG